AUGAGAGGUUUUGGCAAACGAACAGUUUUGAUGGUUGCAGAAGAAGAUGAAGGUAGAAAUCGGGGAAAAAAACAGUUACAAGGAGAACGACGAGAUAAGGAGGAAGAUGAGAAGAAGAAGAAGAAGAAGAAGAAGAAGAAGAAGAAGAAGAUUGUUGUUGACGAUAUAAACAUUUCUGUUGAUAUACAGACAGAAGCAUAG